GAUGGCUGAAAGUGGAUGGCAUGGAUGAAAAUAAUCAGACAUUUGUUUCCGGAUUCCUUCUUUUGGGACUUUCUGGAUACCCAAAGACUGAGAUCAUUUACUUUGCUAUUGUUCUGGCUAUGUACCUGGUGAUCCUAACCGGCAAUGGUGUUUUGAUCAUAGCAAGCAUCUUUGAUGCCCGUCUCCACACACCCAUGUACUUCUUCCUGGGCAACCUCUCUUUUCUGGAUAUCUGCUACACAACUUCCUCUGUUCCCUCAACUCUGGUGAGUCUAAUCUCAAAGAAAAGAAACAUUUCUUUCUCUGGAUGUGCAGUGCAGAUGUUCUUCGGAUUUGCAAUGGGAUCGACAGAAUGUUUGCUUCUUGGCAUGAUGGCUUUUGAUCGAUAUGUGGCUAUCUGCAACCCUUUGAGAUACUCUGUCAUCAGAGUGUAUGUAUCAAUGGCAUCUGUAUCAUGGUUCUCUGGUGGAAUCAAUUCAGUCGUGCAAACAUCCCUUGCCAUGAGGUUACCUUUCUGUGGGAAUAAUGUUAUUAACCAUUUUACAUGUGAAGUCUUAGCUGUCCUCAAACUAGCUUGUGCUGAUAUAUCUCUCAACAUCAUUACCAUGGUGAUAUCAAAUAUGGCCUUCCUAGUUCUUCCACUAUUGGUCAUCUUUUUCUCUUACAUGUUCAUCCUCCAUACCAUCUUGAGAAUGAAUUCAGCUACAGGGAGACGCAAGGCAUUUUCCACCUGCUCAGCUCACCUGACUGUGGUGGUCAUAUUUUAUGGAACCGUUUUCUCUAUGUAUGCAAAACCCAAGUCCCAAGAUCUGACUGGAGAAGACAAUUUUCAAACUUCUGAUAAGAUCAUUUCUUUAUUUUAUGGAGUAGUUACCCCCAUGCUCAACCCAAUCAUCUAUAGCUUGAGGAAUAAGGAUGUUAAAGCUGCUGUAAAGUACAUACUGAAACAAAAGUAUAUUCAAUAAGGAUGCCAGUAAACAGAGGUUUUUGUAUGGCAUGCACAAGAUUGACUCAGGGAUAAAUCUAUGAGAAUAGUAUAAUUUUUAUUCAGGGAUAAAUCUAUUUGAACAAUCUAAUUUUAGCUGUUUAUUAUGGAAAAAUAUUUGCUACUUGGUUGUACCUCGAGAGAUGGAAGGUAAGUCCCUACUGCUAAAGAUGGUAUGCACUUCAGAAACAGAGCCCAGAAACUCCUGAGUUGAAACUGACCUGAAUGCCCCGUCACUGAGGACUAGCUUUCAUGGUAUCAGAAAGUACCAUGUAAUCUUCCAAAGAAGGAAGACCAUCAACAGUCCUACUCAAUAUGAUGCCUAUGACCAUUUCAACAACCAACAUGUACAAUAACCAUAGGGUUGCAGUAGUGGCACACAUACCUUGGUGAUUACCAACAGUUCUGUAAUUGGACUUAAGAACCAUUCAACAAAAGGGAGAUCAUGCCUGGUUCUAUAAACCAAGCUGACUAGUCAGUGCUAAUGAAAUAUAGUUAUUGAGAAGAAUCUACCACCACCAAUUUACUAAAGCAGCACAGUGUCUAACAACAAUCUAUAACAUUUUCCCUUAUAUCCACAGUAAAUAUAGUUGUCACUCUCAUUAAGGAAACUUUUCUUUUGCAAUAGAUCACAACCAUCAAUAUGUAGAGUUGUGGAGCCCAGCACCAUUGGAUGUAUCUACCAAACACAUAAGGCUCAGGGGGCACUGCCAAAGAAGUGGCUGAAAGAUUGUGAGUGCCAGAGGCUCAGGACGUUGCUUUAAGGUUUUAUCUCCUAGUAAUCAGAAGCUACACCCAUAAAUUCUCAUUACCAUGAUUUCCCAGAUGUGAACUAAAUAAGGAUUUCACCUACAAACAUGUCAAACUGCACAGGGAAAGGCUUAGCAGGCCUCAACCGUUCACAAAGAACUGUAAGCAACUCAAUACAUUUGGCAGUAGGAGAGGUGGCUUUCACCAGAGAAGAACACACCACUAAGUAGUCCAGGUCCAAAUAGUUGUCUCUAGAAACAUACA